AUGAUCUCACAAAUCCUGCUUGCCGUAUUUUGUGUGACGGCCAUGCUCUGCAUCGUCGAUGCCCAAUGGGGUUACGGCGGUUACCCAGGUGGCUAUGGAGGCUACCAUGGAGGAUAUGGUGGAGGUUACGGAUACCGACCAAUGUUCCGUCGACCAUGGGGAGGUUACGGUGGAUACGGUGGAUACCGAGGAGGUUACGGAGGAUAUGGAGGAUACCCAUAUGGUGGUUAUGGAUACGGAUAA